UACAAAAACAGUUUCUGUUAGACGAAGCAGUGGUUGCUUAAUUUGUGUUUAAAAAACAAGGUAAAUGAAUUUGGAGCGUCGAUGAUUACAAGCUUGUCUCAUACUAUCUCUUUUAGGACAUUGAUGCGCUUUAGCUCUGCUGCUUUACCUUCUUCUGCAUCGAAAAACAACCUUGUUGAAGGAUUGCGUACGUUAGUUAGGUCUGGUGAUCUCCGUCUAGCUGUUUCCUUGUUCUAUUCUGCGCCGGUUGAGCUUCAGUCUCAGCAGGCUUACGCGGCUCUGUUUCAAGCAUGUGCAGACCAACGCAAUCUUCGCGAUGGAAUCAACUUACACCACCACAUGCUCUCACAUCCCCAUUGUUAUUCGCAGAACGUUAUCCUUGCUAAUUUUAUCAUUACUAUGUACGCGAAGUGCGGGAAUAACUUAUACGCACGCCAGGUGUUUGAUUAUAUGCCUGAGAGGAAUGUAGUUUCGUGGAGUGCAUUGAUCUCGGGCUAUGCGCAGGCAGGGAACGAACAAGAGGGGUUGAGUCUUUUCUCUGCUAUGUUAGCUCAUUGCUGUCCUAACGAGUUUGUGUUGUCUAGCGUGUUAACUUCGUGUCGGUAUGAGCCUGGAAAGCAGGUGCAUGGACUUGCUUUGAAACUUGGUUUACAUUGUUCGAUAUAUGUGGCGAAUGCGCUUAUCUCUAUGUACGGUAGGUGUUAUGAUGGGGCCGCCGCUUAUGAAGCUUGGUCUGUGUUCGAGGCCAUGGAGUUCAAGAAUCUUGUUACUUGGAACUCGAUGAUUGCAGCCUUCCAGUGCUGCAAUCUCGGGAAACAGGCCGUUGGUGUUUUUAUGCGGAUGCACGGAGAUGGAGUAGGAUUUGAUCGUGCUACGGUGCUUAAUAUAUGUUCUUCCUUGUACAAAAGCUCCGACUUGGUUCUUGACGAGGUUUCAAAGUGUUGUCUUCAGCUGCAUUCUCUGACUGUAAAAUCCGGGUUGGUGACUCAGACUCAAGUGGCUACCGCAUUAGUUAAAGUUUAUUCAGAAAUUUUAGGAGACUUUGAUGACUGCUACAAGAUUUUUAUGGAAAUGAAACACUGCAGGGACAUUGUUGCUUGGACUGGGAUUAUAACAGCGUUUGCAGUGUAUGAUCCAGAGAGGGCUAUACUUCUCUUUGGUCAGUUACGUCAUGAGAAGCUAAACCCCGACUGGUAUACUUUCUCAAGUGUACUAAAAGCUUGUGCGGGACUUGUCACUGCUCGCCAUGCUUUGUCUAUACACGCUCAAGUGAUCAAGGGUGGUUUUGCAGCUGACACAGUACUGAACAACUCGUUAAUCCAUGCGUAUGCCAAAUGUGGCUCUCUUGACUUGUGUAAGCGUGUAUUUGAUGAUAUGGAUUCGCGGGAUGUGGUAUCGUGGAACUCAAUGCUCAAGGCUUACUCAUUGCAUGGCCAAGUAGACUCAAUUCUACCAGUCUUUCAGAAAAUGGACAUAAAUCCUGAUUCAGCGACAUUCAUAGCUCUUCUCUCGGCUUGCAGCCACGCUGGACGAGUAGAAGAAGGACUGAGUAUAUUCAGAUCCAUGUAUGAGAAACCUGAGACUCUUCCUCAGCUAAAUCACUACGCUUGUGUGAUCGACAUGCUAGGCCGAGCUGAACGUUUUACGGAAGCAGAAGAAGUUAUCAAGCAGAUGCCAAUGGAGUCAGACGCUGUAGUUUGGAGUGCAUUAUUGGGAUCAUGCAGGAAACAUGGUAACACCCGGUUGGGUAAGUUAGCAGCAGAUAAACUGAAAGAACUAGAACCCACAAACUCAUUAAGUAACUUCCAGAAAGAGACAGAAGCAUGGAGAGUGAGGAAAGAACCAGGCCUGAGCUGGACCGAAAUAGGAAACAAGGUUCACGAGUUCGCAUCAGGAGGAAGAAACCGUCGUCCAGACAGGGAAGCCAUAUGCAGAGAAUUAGAGAGGCUGAUUAGUCGGUUGAAGGAGAUGGGUUAUGUUCCAGAGAUGAGGUCAGCUUCACAAGAUAUAGAGGAAGAAGAACAGAAGGAAGAGCAUUUAUCGCAUCACAGCGAGAAACUAGCGUUAGCAUUUGCAGUGAUGGAGGUAAGAAAAUCAGGUGAUCACGGACUGAAUUUGAUACAGAUAAUAAAGAACAUAAGGAUAUGUAUAGAUUGCCAUAACUUCAUGAAGUUGGCUUCAAAGCUUUUGGGAAAAGAGAUUCUUGUGAGAGACUCGAAUCGGUUUCACCGUUUUAAAGAUUCAUCCUGCUCCUGUAAUCUCGCCGACGAUGAGGCCAAAGAGAAGCUAUGUUAGUUAUGUUACUUUCAUCUCAAGACAAGGACAAGGACUGAUUUGGCAAAUAGAUAAAGUUAUUGUAUAUAUAAUAAAAAAACAAUGAGGAAUGGAAAAAAAAGGAAAGGACUGUUGUGUUGUA